GGGCGCUCAGGAGGAUGCAAUUCUUACAUUCGGAUGUGAGGAGAGGAUUUUUAUUUUUGGGGGACGCAUCUUGUCUUUUACAAUCAGUGGAAACAAUUUAUAUAUUAUUUUCAGUGCCUUGCCAUGUUUUCAAUUUCUAUAUGCAUUUAGCUUUCAGGAGCAUCACGAAAAUGAUUGGAAUGCAUUGAUACUAAUGACAAUGUUUAUCCAAGGCUGAACACAUUUUCCCGAGCUGUGAGGGUGACUGCUUCUUUGAGAUCCGCUGAAACGAUUGUAUCACUGAAGUGCAUAUUUAACUACUGUAUAUAUUAUUUUUUACAUACUACUGGGAUUGGUGGAGAUGGCGGAUCCAGCAGAAUGCAGCAUCAAAGUAAUGUGCCGCUUUAGGCCAUUAAAUCAGUCAGAGAUUGAAAGAGGAGACAAAUAUAUUCCGAAAUUUAAAGGUGACGACACCGUUGUUAUUGGGGGCAAGCCGUAUGUGUUUGACAGAGUUUUACCACCAAACACAGCUCAGGACCAAGUCUACAACUCCUGUGCAAAGCAGAUUGUUAAAGAUGUCCUUGGAGGAUAUAAUGGAACAAUUUUUGCUUAUGGGCAGACUUCCUCUGGUAAAACACAUACUAUGGAGGGUAAGUUGCACGAUCCUCAGCUCAUGGGAAUUAUUCCCAGAAUUGCACAUGACAUCUUUGAUCACAUUUAUUCCAUGGAUGAGAACCUGGAAUUUCACAUCAAGGUUUCAUACUUUGAGAUCUACUUGGACAAAAUUAGAGAUCUCUUAGAUGUCUCAAAAACAAAUCUUGCUGUUCAUGAAGACAAGAAUAGAGUGCCAUAUGUCAAGGGUUGCACUGAAAGAUUUGUUUCCAGUCCUGAAGAAGUUUUGGAUGUAAUUGACGAAGGCAAAGCAAACCGCCAUGUUGCUGUUACAAACAUGAAUGAGCACAGCUCCAGAAGUCACAGCAUUUUUCUGAUUAAUAUCAAACAAGAAAACGUGGAGACUGAAAAAAAGCUGAGUGGCAAACUCUAUUUGGUCGACCUGGCUGGUAGUGAGAAGGUUAGCAAAACCGGGGCGGAAGGAGCUGUUCUGGAUGAAGCUAAAAAUAUCAAUAAAUCCCUUUCUGCUUUGGGCAAUGUCAUCUCUGCACUGGCUGAAGGAACUAAAACCCAUGUUCCUUACAGAGACAGUAAGAUGACCCGCAUUCUUCAAGACUCUCUUGGGGGAAACUGCAGAACUACAAUUGUUAUUUGCUGUUCUCCUUCGAUUUUCAAUGAAGCUGAAACCAAAUCAACCCUAAUGUUUGGACAAAGAGCCAAGACGAUCAAGAAUACUGUUUCUGUGAACUUGGAACUCACAGCAGAAGAAUGGAAGAAAAAAUAUGAGAAGGAAAAGGAGAAAAGCAAAAGCCUUAAGAAUAUUAUUCAGCGUUUAGAGAUGGAGCUCAACCGCUGGAGGAAUGGAGAGGCAGUUCCUGAGGAUGAGCAACUGAAUGAAAAAGAUCAGAAAAACUUUGAACUCUGUGACAACACUCCAAUUAUUGACAAUCUUGUACCCCCCAUCAACUUGAUCUCAGCAGAAGAGAAAACCAAAUAUGAAGAAGAUAUAGCCAACUUGUAUAAGCAGUUAGAUGACAAGGAUGAUGAGAUUAACCAACAGAGUCAGCUGGCUGAAAAACUUAAGCAACAGAUGCUUGACCAAGAUGAGCUUCUCGCCUCCACACGCAGAGACUAUGAGAAGAUUCAGGAAGAGCUAACAAGGCUGCAGAUGGAAAAUGAAGCAGCCAAGGACGAGGUGAAGGAGGUGCUUCAGGCUCUGGAAGAACUUGCUGUCAACUAUGAUCAGAAAUCCCAGGAAGUGGAGGAUAAGACACGAGCUAAUGAGCAACUAACUGAUGAACUUGCACAGAAAACUACGUCUCUAGCUUUAGUACAGCGAGAGUUAAACCAGCUUGAGGAGGUCAGUAACCACCAAAAAAAACGAGCAGCAGAGAUUUUAACCCUUCUUCUAAAAGACUUGAGUGAAAUUGGAAGCAUCAUUGGCACCAACGAUGUUAAAAUUAUGACAGAAGUGAAUGGCGUUAUUGAAGAAGAGUUUACAAUGGCUCGUCUCUACAUCAGCAAGAUGAAAUCUGAGGUGAAGUCUUUAGUGAACCGCAGCAAACAGCUUGAGACCUCGCAGGCUGAAGGAAACAGGAAGAUGCAGGCCACUGAGAGGGAACUAGCAUCCUGUCAGCUUCUCGUGUCCCAGCACCAAGCCAAGAUCAAAUCCAUGACUGAUUACAUGCAAAAUAUUGAACAGAAAAAAAGACAGCUUGAGGAGAUGCAGGAUUCUCUCACUGAAGAGCUGGCAAAGCUUCAUGCACAAGAAAAAAUGCAUGAAAUCUCAGUUCAAGACAAGGAAAAGGAGCACAUGACUUUGCUUCAAGAUGCAGAAGAGAUGAAGAACACACUGGAGCAACAAAUGGAGAGCCACAGAGAAGCCCACCAGAGACAGCUUUCUAGACUACGGGAUGAAAUUGAAGAAAAGCAAAAACUGAUUGACGAGCUCAAAGACUUGAACCAGAAAUUGCAAUUGGAACAUAAACAACUCAUUUGUGAUUAUGAAAAGCUAAAGACUGAAGAGCAGGAGAAGGAUAUGAAGCUUCAGAAACUUAUCAUUCUCAAUGAUAAAAGGGAGCAAGCAAAGCAGGACCUUAAAGGACUGGAAGAGACUGUGGCCAAGGAGCUUCAGACACUUCACAAUCUUCGUAAACUUUUUGUUCAGGACCUCACUACUCGUGUCAAGAAAAGUGCUGAACUGGACUGUGAUGAUGGAGGGGGAAGUGCUGCGCAGAAGCAGAAAAUUUCCUUUCUUGAGAACAACCUGGAGCAACUUACAAAAGUUCACAAACAGCUGGUACGUGACAAUGCAGAUUUGCGUUGUGAACUUCCAAAACUUGAAAAACGUCUUCGAGCUACAGCUGAGAGAGUUAAGGCCCUGGAGACUGCACUGAAGGAGGCAAAGGAGAACGCCAUGAGGGAUCGCAAGCGUUACCAGCAGGAGGUGGACCGCAUUAAGGAGGCAGUGCGAGCAAAAAAUAUGGCAAGGCGAGGUCACACUGCUCAAAUUGCUAAGCCAAUUCGACCUGGGCACUAUCCAGCCUCCUCACCCACGGCUGCCAACAGCGUUCGUGGUGGAGGUGGAGGAGGAUCAUCAGCCUCUGGCUGUCAUGUGAAAUAAGCGUUUUAGACAGAUGUCAUCCUGAAAAGCACGUGCAGAACACCUUCACAUCACAUCGCUUUUCCUGCUGUUGAAACUGCUGCUUUCCGAUGAUUCAUCAUCAGUCCUUUUGAAAGCUUAAUGUAAAAAACACUAGCAUUCCCCCAUCGUUCAUGCAGAAACACCUAAUAGCUGGCAGAUUUAAAAGAUAAUUAAAGUAUUUUCUCUGUUUAAACCACGAAAAUCAAGGAAUGAGUUGCAUAGUUGAACACCACCAUGCCGGUUGUUACUUUACUAUAUGAUAACUGUGUCCUUUUAUAUAUCAUUUGGGGAUAAGGGAACUGGGGUUUUCAAAGCUGCUGUAUUGAACACAUUACACUGGUGUUAUUUAAAAAAAAAAAAAAAAUCACUGGAAAACUUUUGAGCUUGUAUUUAGUCAAAAAAAAAAACUCUUCUAAUUGUUAUCUGAGAUUUAAAAGUAUUCUUUCUAUCACGGUGAUACAGGGAGGGAUUAAGGGGCUUCGUAUUGAAGUGUUUUACACACUGGACAGUUUGUUUUAUUGCAUUUCUACUGAUAAAUUAUUAGUGGACAUUUCUUGCUGUUGUGUUUCUGAACAAAUGUGAAGAAGCAAGUAUUUUUGUGAAGAGCAUUGCUAAAGGAAAGUGAUGUCUAUAUAGCAUUCUUUCAUAGAAAUGAAGGAACAUUAUACAACAAGGUUCCAAAAACAAAUCCUGUUCUGCUUGGUGAAUGUCUGGGAGGGUGUUUGGGACUAUGCAUCUCCUUGGCAGCUUCUACUAGGAGAGCAGUCUGAAGAACGGUGUGAGGCUGCUGCUUUUGUUAAGGGUAUUUGCAGAUAAGCAGGCUCAGUGAAUGUCUUUACUAACAGGCACCUCAGAAGGUCUCUGCUAAAUGCCAAGGCGUUUCAGAGCACUUUAUUUAACAUAAACUUACUAUCACAAUGUUUGCACUAUUUCUGUUACAGUAUGUUUUGGGUUAAUAAAAAUAUUAUAUUUUUGCUGUAUUAAUUUACUUUUGUUAUUUUAGGUGUGACAGUUUUCCUCAUCAGUGGCUAGUUUUGUUUGGAAUUACAUCUGAGAAAUAUUGCCAAUGCCUGUGAAGGUGUACUUGCAUGGAUUUAAAGAAAGCUUUAUUAUUAAAACAUCACGAGACAGUGUUGUAGCAUUAUAUUUUAAGUCAAAUAUUCAAACUGAAAUACUGACAUCCUGAUUUGUGAAGGCGCCUUACUCAUAGGAUUCAAAUUCUAAGAUGGACAUUGAUGACCAACAGGCUUUGAAAAGUAGAGAUCAGACUGGAUGCCAUAAUCUAAGCUGCCUGUCUGCUUGAUAAUAGAGGAGCAUUACCUUAAACAUUUCUCUAUAUUGUAAAAUAUUAUUUUGGUCAAUAUUUCAAACCUUUUUUUAACACUCUGUAUUUGAAGGUUUAAUAGUUAGUCUUACGAGCCACUGCAGAUUGAAAAUUUUUUACAACAGACAUACAAUGGACUUUAACCAUAACCUUUUUUUUCUGGAAUUAAACCACUCUAACCCACCUUCAGAAUAAGGGAAGAGUUUGGUGAAAAUGAAACCCAUGCUGUACUGCAACUGUCCGACUUCCUGGUGUGUAACAUAGUGGACACUGUACCAUUUCCAAGUCUUGUCUAUGACUUAUCCAUUUUGCAUCAUGAAUAGCUUUAUAUUUGCCUCAGUGUUUCACAAUAAAUACAGUAUCUUAAAAUAUAAAGACAAUAAAUGAAAACUGAUAUUUGCACAUUAUUACAGUUGUAUUUCAGGUCGGUGUUGGAGAGACAGGAAGAGAUGUUAUUGGUGGGGCUGAACUUGAACACACUGCUGAGAUGCUGAUCAACAAGUCAGUCGUCCAGCUUGUGAAAGAGUGUUAGUAUAGGGUACUCUUAAAUAUUUAACUUUUUAAUAUCUGUUGACUUUGAGUGCAUUACAUUUCAUCUUGUAAGAGUGGACAAACGCCACAGUAUGGUCGCUUUAUUAGUUUCUACAGCAACACCACAUGGCAUCCAACUAGCAUGCCCAUUAAUCAUUCCAGAGUCAGUUUUGUGGAUCUUAUAAUAUUGAUCCACAUUUGAAGUCCUCUUUUUUCUUGAGUGGGACAUGCUGUAGUUGUAUACCACUGAUGGCUUGAGAACUUGUUACAUAAACCAGCUAAAAUGACGAUACAGACUGGCUGCUUUAGUGGUUACUGCCAUAACUCUCUAAGCAGCCUCUGUCAUUCACAUCAUGUUUAGAAUGGUUAUUUACAUUAUCCUGACUAAAUUUAUAUAUGAAUGAUACAGUGUAUUUCAUAGACAAAUAUUUGCAGAUGUUCUUCAUUAACACUCAAACUCUUAACAUUUUUUUAUACUGGAAUACUUUCCCUGGUUAAAAUAAUAUCAAAAUCAAGAGCUUACAAGUUUUCAGAUAAGAAAUUCUCAAAUGGGUGGCCUUGAAACUUUUGUUAAUGUGUAGCCCGAGGUGACCAAUUUUGCUUUUAAUGAGCCAAAGAAAAUCUGAACUAUACUUUCACACUUAUCAAAUUACAAAGCCAGAAUAAAUAUCUACAUAUCGCCAAUAGAAGUUGAAGGUGAUUGCUGUGAGGGUAGUUUAAAAAAAUGUGAGAGAUGCCAUAUACAUUUUGCUUGUAACUCUUUGACCUAAAAAAAAUAUAUAUUUUUCCACACACACGCUCUAAGUGACAGAUAUAGAUGUAGAAAAUUUAAAUUGCAAUGUUUUCCCUUGAGUAAAUCAUUCAGCAGAAAAGAUUUUCAGUGUCCCUGAAAAAGUGAAUAAAAAAGUCAACUUAAUUACUGUGAAGAAAAUUGUUUUUCUAAAAUUAUAAAACGCUGUUUAACAACCACCACCUAUUAAGUAAUUAAAACUAGCUUAAUUAGAAGUAAAUAAUUUGUGUACCAUACAACACUGUACAGUUACUGUAACAUUGUUGGUUUUAUUUUCUCUUAAGGUACUAGAAAAAUAUAGCAAAUAAAUAUGUAUUUAUACUUAGAAUUUACUUUUAAAUUUACUUUAUUCUUCCCCUUUAUUACAACAACCUGCAUCAGAAAAUGGUAUGGAAGCCAAAGCAGGCCCACAAACUCACAGCUAGACCAGCUUUUCUGAUUGUGGGGAAAAUUUAAUCCAAAAUAAUUAAUACGUUUUGAAUCACUGAAGGGAUUAUUACAUAUAAGGUAGAUAACCAGUAAAAGGGAAUGUUCUAAAAUAUUUUAAUUCACUUUCAUGCUUUCUAAUACAAGGUCACUUUGUAUGUCUAAAAGAUGAAUUUUAAAGAACAGUCCCCAAGCCUUCAUCAUUGUUUGUUCUUGUCAUGCAGAUAAUGUUUGUCAGUGUGCCUUUAGGAGCUGUACAAUGUGGCUAUAAAUGUGUUGUAACAUGUAUGUUUAGUUUGUAGGUGUUUAUCUGUGCACUGCAGAUAUGGCAUUCUCAUGUACCUGUAUGAUAUAAUGUAAGCUAAAACAAUGCUACUUUUCUGUAUGGUCAAAGAAGAAACUGUUGUAGGAUAGUGUGAUUCACAUCUGAUGUUAAGACAUGGAUGGCUCUUAAUCCUAAUUAUCACCAUACUGUUCAGUAAACUGUUAGGUUGAUUGAUUGACUGCAUGGUGUAUAAAAUUCUUUAAAUAUGUCAGAGUGCUAAAUAAAGUUGAAAUAAAAUGAA